AUGCUGGUGACCAAGAACCUCGCCGAGCUUUGUGCUCUUCUGAUCGACGAUCUUCAUGGCGAAUUGCCUUCUUUCUUCUCUCCUCAGCGGAUUUUCGGGACACUGCUCAGCCGAGGCAGAUCGGCUGUCGUGCAGCUUGUGCAACAGACGUCCCUUACUCCAAAACAAAUACGACAUGGACUUAUUGUCCUCCUACAACACAAUCUCGUGUACUACAGAGUCGACGACUCGACCAAGGUGGCCACCUUUGAGGCGAACCCCGAUGUCGCCUACAACCUGGUACGGUCUGGCAAGAUCCUUGCGAUGAUCGAGGAGAAGUACGGGCCUGCCGCGAGAGACGUCAUACAAAACUUUAUGGUACUGGGCCAUACCAAAAUUGGCGAUCUGGUCGGCGCCUACAGGGAAAGGAUCGCUGCUGCAGAGCAGGCAGGAGCUCAGGCGACAACCAACCCAUUCGAGGACGAUGCCAAGCCUAAUGGUGAGGUCAAUGGCGGGAUUAAUGGCGACAUCAAUGGCGAUGUCAAACCGCCUGCGCAGACCCUUCAAGUCAGUGCUUUGGAUGUCAAGUCGACCGCUCAUCUGAACGAGGUACUCUGUGAGCUCAUCCAGGCCGAGAUCCUUACUGUUGUCAACCCCAAGAGCUUUCAAAGCCCAGCGGAUCGCAAUGCGAUGGUCUCGGAGCAAAUCAUGAAACUUCAUUUUCCGGAUGGCGUCAAGGCUGGGAAGAAGAAGAUCGAGUUUGACGCUAUGCUCUCCGACCAGCUUGGGAAGCUACGGGAUGAGCCUACGAGGUUGAAGCGCAAACUGGACGAAAGCAGGGGUGGCCGGGUCAAAUCUCGCAAGAUCACCAAUGGCGACGUCACCAAUGGUUUUCACCACGUGGCAUCCGAUGUCAACCUUGAGUUGAACGCUGUGUUGCGACUCAAUUACGAAAAGUGUACUGUCGAGAUGCGGAAUCAGACCUUGGUUCAAGCCGCCUCCGAGUCGAUCGGGCACGUUACUGGCCAGGUCUACGCUGUUCUUCUUCAGCUACUGGGCGAUCAGAUCUCGCGUUGCCAAUUGGACACUCUCAUUGAUAACCAAGACGGUGGCGACAAUCCUUUCACAAACAAGCGUUUUGUGACUACCGCCGACAUACUUGAUAGUUUGAGCACCUCGCUCGAUGUCAGCCUUGGCAUCGGAAAGGCCCCCAAGGGCGAGAUCGAUGUGCCCACUGCGGAGCGGGUGCACCGGGACAUUCCUCGAGAGAAGCUGCUGUACGUGGAGGAGCCUGGGGCCGAUGAGGGCAGUGGUGAUGAGAAUAUGGAUGAUGAUGACGAGUUUGACUACGAUUCUGAAGGGGAAGUUGCCCCCGCCAACCACGCGAACGGCGCGAACGGGCAUACAAACGGCAAGGUCAGGUUCGAAGAUGCACCGCCGGCAAAAGAAUCUCGACUCCAGCAAAUGCGCCAGCACCUUUUACUUCUCUGCGAUAGCAAACAAGGCUUUGUUCGCCACUGUGGCCACGGCAGAUGGACAGUGGACUAUGAUAUUCUCUUGCGCAACAUCAGGACGGAGGAGCUCGACAACGUCAUCGAGCGCAAAGUUGGACGGCAAGGCCUGCGCCUUGCGCGUAUCCUGCGGGAGAAGGGCAAGCUUGACGAGAAGGCUCUUCCAGCCCUGGCCUUGAUGAAGAAGACGGACGUCCAAAACAAAAUGUUGGAGAUGCAGAUGCAUGGGUAUGUCGAUGUGCAGGAAGUCCCACGCGACAACAACCGCACGGCCAGUCGCACCAUCUUCUUGUGGUUCUGCGAUCCAGAGCGUUCUUCCGCCCAGCUGCUCGACAACUCAUACAAGGCCAUGCUUCGGUGCAUGCAGAUCCGCGACGUUCACCGUCGGGAAAACAAGGAUGUGUUGACGUUUGUGGAGCGACCAGACGUGAAGGGCAGGGAGCAGGAAGCCCUUGAGAAAAAAUACUUUGACAAGUAUGAAAGAUUUCGCGACAUUGAGAACAAGCUUCUGGGUCAAGUGAUGAGACUGGACGAUCUGGUCGCAGUCCUACGGGACUACUAA